UAUCGCGAGAGCGUGUUCAAUGUGUUUCCGGCUGGUUAUCCGCGACGGAAGUACAGAGAGUGGACUGUUCUUUCUUUUUAAGCAGGCAUUUUGAACAAAGAUAUCGGGUUUAGAGUUGUAUGCUUACUAUAUUUAUCGGCAAAGAGUAUUGAUAUUGAGAUGUCGGAGGACUUGGUUAAACAGUUGAGCAACUACAAAGCCCAGCUGCAGCAAGUUGAAGUCGCUCUUUCUACUGAUCCAGACAAUGAAGACCUUCUUAAACUCCAAAAAGACUUACAGGAAGUCAUUGAUUUGACAAAAGACCUCCUGACCUCACAGCCGGCAGAGACUGUUGCCAAAACAAGUGGCUCAGACACAGUUCCCGUGAAGCAUGGCUGGAAAGUGGGAGACAGGUGUCUGGCUAUGUGGAGUCAGGACGGACAGAUUUAUGAAGCUGAGAUUGAGGAGAUAGACCGAGACAACGGCACUGCAGCCGUUACCUUCACUGGAUAUGGGAAUGCUGAAGUGAUUCCUCUACAGAACCUCAAGGCAGUAGAGGAAGGAAAGCUUUUGGAGGAGGAUGGGAGUGUAAAGCCAAAGUCGAGGAAAGAGCAGAUAGCAGAGCAGAGGGAGUAUAAAAAGAAAAAAGCUCAGAAGAAGGUACAGAGGAUGAAGGAGCUGGAGCAAGAACGAGAGGAACAAAAGUCAAAGUGGCAGCAGUUCAACAAUAAAGCCUACUCAAAGAACAAGAAAGGCCAGGUGAAGAGGAGCAUAUUUGCAUCUCCCGAAAGCGUCAACGGAAAGGUGGGAGUGGGAACGUGUGGUAUUGCAGACAAGCCUAUGACCCAGUACCAUGACACGUCCAAAUACAAUGUCAGACAUCUAAUGCCACAAUGACCUGAUAUGACCUGUACAUAAUAGUCCACUGUAUACUAGCUGUAUCAGUGCUUUCCAUUGUGUUUAUACAUGAUUUAAGUUUCUCGAGUAAAGUAAGCUUUGAAAGUAAGUGCUUGCACACCAAUGUUUUGAAAUAUUGUUGUAGUUUCAUAUAUAUAUAUAUA